AUUUCGCAGAGUUUGUUUUUCUGGGUCUGUUCCUUACUGAGAUGUCUCUGAAGAUGUAUGGACUGGGGCCAAGAAAUUACUUCCACUCUUCAUUCAACUGCUUUGACUUUGGGGUCAUCGUGGGAAGUAUAUUUGAAGUUAUCUGGGCUGCAGUGAAACCAGGCACCUCGUUUGGCAUCAGCGUAUUGAGAGCGCUUCGACUGCUCAGGAUUUUCAAAGUCACAAAGUACUGGAAUUCCCUGAGGAAUCUGGUGGUCUCCUUGCUGAACUCCAUGAAGUCCAUCAUCAGUUUGCUCUUCCUGCUGUUCCUGUUCAUCGUGGUAUUUGCUUUGCUGGGGAUGCAGCUCUUUGGAGGACAAUUCAAUUUCCAAGAUGAAACACCAACCACAAAUUUCGAUACCUUCCCUGCCGCCAUCCUCACAGUAUUCCAGAUCCUGACGGGGGAGGACUGGAACGCGGUGAUGUACCACGGGAUAGAAUCGCAGGGUGGUGUUCGUUCGGGGAUGUUCUCCUCCAUUUACUUCAUUGUCCUGACGUUGUUUGGUAACUAUACGCUCCUGAAUGUCUUCUUGGCUAUCGCUGUUGACAACCUGGCAAACGCCCAAGAGCUGACCAAGGACGAGGAGGAGAUGGAGGAAGCCACCAACCAAAAGCUCGCCCUGCAAAAGGCCAAGGAGGUGGCAGAAGUCAGCCCCAUGUCUGCAGCUAACAUUUCCAUAGCCGCCAAGCAGCAGAACUCCUCCAAAUCCAAGUCCGUUUGGGAGCAGAGGACCAGCCAGAUCCGGAUGCACAAUUUCCGAGCCAGCUGCGAGGCACUGUACAACGAGCUGGAUCCGGAGGAGCGGGUGCGUUACGCUACCACCCUUCACAUCAGGCCAGACAUGAAGACUCAUUUGGAUCGGCCAUUGGUGGUAGAGCCGAGAGGCGAUGGAAGGAACAACAUCAGCAAGCUGAGCCCCGUGGAUGUGCAGGAGGUGGAGCAGACCAAAGUCAGCUCUACUGAUGGGGCAGAAGCUCCACGAAAGCACCACCGGCAUCGGGAUAAGGACAAACUGGGAGAGCAAGAGAAGGGUGAUGUGACCAAGGAUGAGAAUGGGGAAUCUGGCAUCAACAAUAAGGAGGAGCGACACAGGCAGCACAGGAGCCGCAGCAAGGAGGUGGAAGGGGGGAGUAAGGAAGGGAAAAGUGAUCGCAGCAGAGGCCAGGAAGGGGGAAAGAGGCACCACCGCCGAGGAUCGGUGGAAGAAGGUGUUGAGAAGGAGCACCGUAGGCAUCGGACUCACCGUCACUCUGCCGAACGGCAAGGCAAGGAAGGCAACGGGACAAUCAACGGGGCCAGGAGCGAGCGGCGUUCCAGGCACCGGGGAGGGUCGAGGUCUGGGAACAGGGAAGGAGAGCCUGGGUCCAAGGGCGAGAACGGAGAAGAGCCUCACAGACGGCACAGGUUCAGGAACAGGGCGCUGUCGACGUACGAUUCGGUGGAGAAGGAGAAUGGGGAGAAGGAAGGGGAGGCUGGCGAGAAGGAGCACCGGAAUCAUCAGCCCAAGGAGAACCAGUGUGAGAUUGAGGCCAGUGGAAGUGUGAGUGUCCCUGUGCACACCCUUCCCAGCACCUAUCUGCAGAAGGUUCCGGAGCAGCCAGAAGAUGCUGACAACCAGAAAAACGUGACGCGGAUGAUUCAGCCACCUCUGGACAAAACCACCACUGUGAACAUCCCUGUCACUAUCACUGCCCCACCGGGGGAAACCACUGUCAUACCAAUGAACAAUGUUGAAUUUGAAAGCAAAACAGAGGAGAAGAAAGACGUUGAUGACUUGACAAAGAAUGGGCCUAAACCAAUCUUGCCUUACAGUUCCAUGUUCAUCCUAAGUCCUACAAAUCCGAUUCGGCGUCUGUUCCACUACAUCGUUAACCUGCGCUAUUUCGAGAUGGUCAUCCUCAUAGUGAUAGCCCUCAGCAGCAUUGCCCUGGCUGCAGAAGACCCUGUCCAAGCCGAGUCACCAAGGAACGAUGCUCUGAAAUACUUGGAUUAUAUAUUUACGGGUGUCUUUACCUUUGAGAUGGUGAUCAAGAUGAUUGACUUGGGGCUGUUACUGCACCCUGGCUCCUACUUCCGUGACCUGUGGAAUAUCCUGGACUUCAUUGUGGUCAGUGGGGCCUUGGUGGCCUUUGCCUUCUCGGGAACCAAAGGCAAGGACAUCAACACAAUCAAGUCACUGCGAGUUCUGCGAGUCCUAAGACCGCUGAAGACCAUUAAACGGCUGCCAAAACUAAAGGCUGUCUUUGACUGUGUGGUGAAUUCCCUGAAGAACGUCCUCAAUAUCCUCAUAGUUUACAUGCUCUUCAUGUUCAUUUUUGCCGUCAUUGCCGUGCAGCUCUUCAAAGGCAGAUUCUUCUACUGCACCGAUGAGUCGAAGGAGCUGGAGAAGGACUGCAGGGGUCAGUACCUCGAUUAUGAAAAAAAUGAGGUGGAGGCGCAGCCCAGGGAAUGGAAAAAAUACGAGUUCCACUACGACAACGUGCUCUGGGCUCUGCUCACGCUCUUCACCGUCUCCACAGGCGAAGGGUGGCCAACUGUGCUGAAGCACUCGGUGGAUGCUACCUACGAGGAACAGGGUCCCAGCCCUGGCUACCGAAUGGAAAUGUCUAUCUUUUACGUGGUGUAUUUUGUUGUCUUCCCUUUUUUCUUUGUGAACAUCUUUGUGGCGUUAAUCAUCAUCACCUUCCAAGAGCAAGGAGAUAAAGUGAUGUCAGAGUGCAGCCUCGAGAAAAACGAGAGGGCCUGCAUAGACUUCGCCAUAAGUGCCAAGCCACUGACCCGCUACAUGCCUCAGAACAAGCAGUCUUUUCAGUACAAGAUGUGGAAAUUUGUGGUGUCCCCUCCCUUUGAGUAUUUUAUCAUGGUCAUGAUUGCACUCAAUACCAUUGUCCUAAUGAUGAAGUUCUAUGAUGCUCCAGAAGCAUAUGAAGAAAUGUUGAAAUGCCUGAAUAUUGUGUUUACAUCUAUGUUUUCAAUGGAAUGUGUGCUGAAGAUCAUUGCCUUUGGUGUGCUGAAUUAUUUCCGAGAUGCCUGGAAUGUCUUUGAUUUUGUGACAGUGUUGGGAAGUAUUACUGAUAUUUUAGUAACAGAGAUUGCGGACACGGACAACUUCAUCAACCUCAGCUUCCUGCGGCUCUUCAGGGCAGCAAGACUUAUCAAGCUCCUUCGCCAGGGUUACACUAUCCGCAUCUUGCUCUGGACAUUUGUGCAGUCUUUUAAGGCCUUGCCUUAUGUGUGUCUCCUCAUUGCAAUGCUCUUCUUCAUCUAUGCCAUUAUUGGCAUGCAGGUAUUUGGAAACAUUGCACUAGAUGAUGAAACCUCCAUUAAUCGGCACAAUAACUUCCGUACCUUCCUCCAAGCCCUAAUGCUUUUGUUCAGGAGUGCCACGGGGGAAGCCUGGCACGAGAUCAUGCUGUCGUGCCUGAGCAACAGAGCCUGCGACCCGCUCUCCGGCCUCACCAAAAACGAAUGUGGCAGCGACUUCGCGUACUUCUACUUCGUGUCGUUCAUCUUCCUGUGCUCCUUCCUGAUGUUAAACCUCUUUGUGGCUGUGAUUAUGGACAACUUUGAAUACCUGACGAGAGACUCCUCCAUCCUUGGGCCCCAUCAUUUGGAUGAGUUUGUUCGUGUCUGGGCUGAAUAUGACCCAGCUGCCUGUUGCCGAAUUCAUUAUAAGGAUAUGUACAAUUUGUUACGUGUAAUUGCUCCACCCCUGGGCUUAGGAAAGAAGUGCCCUCAUAGGGUGGCAUACAAGCGCCUGGUGCGGAUGAACAUGCCGAUCUCGCCUGAAGAUUUAACAGUCCACUUCACGUCCACGCUGAUGGCCUUGAUCCGCACUGCCCUAGAAAUCAAACUCGCCUCAGGGGGUGUUAAACAGCACCAGUGUGACGCUGAGCUGCGAAAGGAGAUCUCGCUAGUUUGGCCCAAUCUGUCCCAGAAGACUCUGGAUCUGCUGGUGCCUCCUCACAAACCCGAUGAGAUGACUGUGGGGAAGGUCUAUGCAGCGCUGAUGAUAUUCGACUUCUACAAGCAGAAUAAGAACAGCAGGGAACAAGUCCACCAGCCUCCCGGAGGCCUGUGCCAGCCUGGACCGGUGUCACUCUUCCACCCGCUGAAGGCCACUUUGGAACAAACCCAGUCCACAGCAUUCAACAACGCAAAGGCGUUCCUUCGCCAGAAAAGCUCAGCCUCACUCAACAACGGGGGCGCGUUACCAGCCCCAGAGGGUGGGAUCAAAGAGUCCAGUUCUUGGGGGACCCAACGCACCCAGGAUGUGUUUUAUGAAACCAGGACACCAGGUUUUGAACGAGGCCACUCAGAAGAAAUCCCCAUUGAACGGGUGGUAGAAAUGAGGGAAAUCAGCCCCACACUUGCCAACGGAGAGCACCAACCAGGCCUGGAGAGCGGGGGCGGGGCGCCUUCCAUGCCGCGCCUGGCUGCCGAAACUCAGAGGAGCAAAGCACGGUCACCUGGGAGUUACCUAGCACCCAUCCCGGACACAAGCCCCAUGAAGCGCUCCGUCUCCACACUGACCCCGCAGCGCCCACACGCCAUGCACCUCUACGAGUACUCCCUGGAGCGCAUGCCACCAGAGCAAGGGCAUCACCAUCAUCACCACCGCUGCCACCGGCGGAAAGAGAAGAAGCAGAAGUCCUUGGACAGGUCCCCCCAUCAGAUGGCCGAUGGAGAAGCUGUGGCCCAGUCUGGUGAGUCUUCUUCCAAGGACAAGAAGCAGGAACGUGGCCGGUCCCAAGAGAGGAAGCAGCACUCUUCCUCCUCCUCCGAAAAGCAGCGCUUCUACUCCUGCGACCGCUAUGGCAGCCGGGACCGUUCUCACCCCAAGUCUGCCGAUCAGAGCAGGCCCACCUCACCCAACGGAGGGCCAGAGCAAGGUCCACACAGACAGGGCAGUGGUUCAGUUAAUGGGAGCCCCUUGCUGUCGACAUCUGGUGCUAGUACCCCAUGCCGGGGUCGGAGGCAGCUCCCACAGACUCCACUGACCCCACGUCCCAGCAUCACUUACAAGACCGCUAACUCCUCGCCCGUGCACUUCACCAGUUUCCAAACCGGCUUGCCCACUUUCUCCCCGGGACGCCUGAGCCGCGGUUUGUCUGAGCACAACGCGCUGCUGCGGGGG